GGAGCCGAGCGCCUUUCGCAGCAUCUCCCGGUUCUCUUUUCGCCUGGCCGCGAUGACUCUGUGCACAGAAGCGGCCGUGGCGACGCUGGGAGGCGGAUCUGCAGCCCAGGCGGGAGGCGGCGGCAUGUCGGAGCCAGCGCUGCAACCGAGGGCGGUCUUCACCUUGCCCAGGCAGCAGUCGCUCGCCUCGCCGCUGGUGAUCAACCCCUUCGUGCAAGAGACGCGCCUGGAUGCAAAGGAUAAAUCCCGGGUACAGGGGAUUGACAGCCGCUGUAAACAGACCCCGGGGGUGGGGAAGGAGGAUGGCCGGGCGCAGCCGGGGUGAACGGCACGGGGGCAGCCUGCGAGCUCGCUAGGGAGGGGGUUAAAGGGGCCCUUUGCAAAUGCCUCUUCAAUGAUGAUGAUAAUAAUAACAAAGCGCGCGCACGACGCUGCGCUUUGCAAACAUUGACAGGCGUUUUUAAAGCAAAAAGCCAUGCUGAAGAUUGCAGAAAUGAAAUCUGUUGCAGUUAUUUCUGGGUCUCCGUUUGGUGCCCGCCGACAGAGAAGGGGGCGGCGGCGGUUCUGGCUGAAAAGAGUCUGCCUUCCUUAUUACAUAAGCAGGCGAAGAAUGCGUUCUGUUAGAAUUCCUCAGAGCCCCACCUGCCUGGCGCUCCCGGGUCAACUUCCUGCAAGCUAAAGAGGCAGCUUCAUCCUUCAGCUGGCAGCUGGAUGCAAACCGUUUGCAUCCUUUCUCUCUCAUUUUUUGUAUGGAUCAUGUGAGGGUUCUUUGGUUUUUUGGGGGGUGGAGAGAGUUUGCCCUGAUCUCAGCCAGGGCCUCAGCUGAUUGAUCCGUGAAAUGAGGAUAAGGCAUCAUUUAUAAGCGAGGCAAAUAAAAUACUGAGUGGUAAUAGUUUAUACAAAUCUUCUAGUUAGCAUUGUCCCCUUUUAUGGUUCUAGUGUCUUUUAAUAGUUGAACCCCACAUGUGCUUAAACCAACAAAAUCGAUUUUCCUGGUCAGAGAUAAGAAUAUGUGAACUUGACUGGAGUCAGACAGUGUGUAUGGAACUUUGAUUGGUGGACAAUAUAUGGGGUCCUCAGUGGAGGCCCUUUAGCCGAGCUGGAAAUGUCAGCAUUGGACCCUUCUGGUUGCGAAGCCUGUGCUCUGCUUCUGUGGCCCCUUCUUAUACAUACAUGAUGGGCUUCUCCAGAUGGGAUGCUUAUUGAACAUCCUGUUUUGCUUGGAUGCUGUGGUUAGGUUAUAACUGGCUAUAUUUAUUUAUUUAUUUAGAGGGGAAGUGCUAUAGAUAAUCCAUUUUGCACACAUAAAGUAUCCUGUUCAAUUCCUGGCAUCUCCAGGUAGGGGCUGGACAAGUCCCCUACCUGAAAACCUAGAGAGAUGCUGCCAGUCCGUGUAGACAGUACUGAGCUAGAUGGAAGAAUGCAAUAGAAGGCAGCUUUCUAUGUUUCUUCUAUUUAAGGGCAAGGGUAGAGCAUCUGCAUUGCAGGCAGAAAGACCCGAGUUAAGUCCCCAACACCUGGAGUGGGAGAGACUCCUGCCUGAAGCCCUGAAGAGCCUCUGUCACUCAGUGUAAACAAUAAUGAGCUUGAUAGACCAAUGUAUGUUUUGUUUUGUUUAUUUAUCAGUUGAAUGUAUGUACUGUCCUUCAUCCGAAGAUCACAGGGUGGUAUACAACAUAAAAAUUCAAAAUGAGAGCACAAAAUUAAUAACCAAGAACCAAAAACAACCCCCACCAACAAAUUCAAAAGGCCAGAGAUAGUUUAAACAGCCAAAGGCCUGAUUAUAGAGGCCUGGUUAUGUUCUGACUUUAUAUAAGGCAGGUUCCUAUGUCCACACAGGCGUGGCAGGAAAUUGUUGCCGUUCUUAUUUUCUGUGUGCAAUAAAUUAAUUUGCUUCCUUUUGCUUUCAUACUGCUGCUGUUAGGUAAGCCACUAUUCUUUCCAUUUUAAAGAUGAGAAACUGAGUCCAUGCUUUGAUGGGGGCAUGCAGACUUCAAGCCUGUUGGAUCUCCUAAAAGAAAAGAAAAGAAAGAAACCUAAGAAGUACCAACAGAAAGCAUACUGUUAGAAUUAAAGAAUGAGCCUUUGAGCAUGUUCUGAGCUCCAAAUUUUGUUUUCAAUGCAAGAAUGUGAAUUGAGCUUGCAGCCCUUUAAACACAAAAUAAGUUCAUAUCUGGUUUGCUUUCUGCAUUCCUGUGGCCUAAUUUAGAAGUGGGAAAACUAUUUUGUUGUUACUGUUUUUAAACAUUUGGAAAGUUUUGCUGAUCUAAGGCAGAUUGCCCAGAAAUAUAUUAUCAGUGGGUACUGUCCUGUUUUCUCCCCCCUCCCUUCCUCAAUGUAUUGGGAACAGCAUAGCUCAGUAUGACCAGAAUAUAUUGCUGAUGGUCCAAAGGUAAGGGUGGCAGCUGUUUCUCCAACCACUUCUGCCUCUGGCCACACCAACUACUGGCAUGCAAACUCCCCUACAACCCACCCACCCCCCGGCCCAGCCUGGAAUAUUCAGGGAAUAUGGCCUUCCAGCUGAACAUAUGUAGAUUCCCCACCCAUGAAGUAGGCGGUUCUGGGACAGAUGAACAAAUUGUCUGACCUGGUAGAAGACCGCUUCUGGUGAACUUAACUUUAUAGCUAAUGGGAUCAGAUUUAGACAUGGAAUCUCCAUCUCAUCUCACCUUAAGGUGUUUCUGGAAUUCCAGAUAUACUUCAAACUCCAACCUCUGCAAAUGGUUGUAUUCCAGUACAGAGUAUUGUUACUCUAAUACUGCCAUAGAUUAGAUGUGAGGGAUGCACACACACACACACACACACAGAGUGGUACAUACCUCGGGUUACAGAUGCUUCAGGUUACAGACUCCGCUAACCCAGAAAUAGUACCUUGGGUUAAAAACUUUGCUUCAGGAUGAGAACAGAAAUUGUGCUCCGGUGGCGCGGUGGCAGCAGGAGGCCCCAGUAGCUAAAGUGGUGCUUCAGGUUAAGAACAGUUUCAGGUUAAGAACGCACCUCCGGAAUGAAUUAAGUUCUUAACCCAAGAUACCACUGUACAAGCUAGCAAUCCUGGCAACUUGAUGCCCCCCUCUCCCCAUUGCACAGAUUUCAGAUUAGCAGUUGCUUUGUUCAACAUUCUUAAUAAAGUGGUAUGUUGAAUCCUGCAUUGUGGUGGGCUUUGAUCAUAAAUAUAAGAUUUUUGCUUUACGCAGACAUUCUGAUACUUUCCUGACUUCAGUUUCAAGCCAAGAGUUGUCAGUGUCUGGUUCAAACUUCUGCUUUAUCACUUCUCAGCAAAUUCUCCGCCCCCCCUCCAGUAAAUGUUUCCAGGAUUUCCUUAUUGUAAUUUUCUUUUAGAGGAAGAAGUAAAAGAAGUUUUUUGUGAAAUGUUAACCACAAGAAAAGUGCCACUGAAGUGACAUUUACCACAGAUAGCUGCAAGCACACAUUAAACUCUGGUGUAGACAAGCGCUUGUAAUCAGAAUGAAUGCUUCAUAAAGAUGGAGCAUUCAUUCAGAUUUGUUGAAAGGACAAGACUAUGUUCUACCACUUGUUGGAGUCAGCCAGUAGACGCUACUUAUAUUGGAAGAUUCAGGGCAGGUAAAAGAAAGGAUAUUUUCAUGCAGGAACCUGCUCCCACAGAGGGCAGUAAUGGUCACCAACCUAGAUGGUUUUAAAAGAUUAGACAGAUUCAUGGAGGAAAGAAGAAGAAAAAGAGUUUGAAUUUGAUAUCCCGCUUUAUCACUACCCAAAGGAGUCUCAAAGCAGCUAACAAUCUCCUUUCCCUUCCUCCCCCACAAAAAACACUCUGUGAGGUGAGUGGGGCUGAGAGACUUCAGAGGAGUGUGACUAGCCCAAGGUCACCCAGCAGCUGCAUGUGGAGGAGCAGGGAAUCAAAUCCGGUUCACCAGAUUAUGAGUCCACUGCUCUUAACCACUAAUCCACACUGGCUCUGGCCAUGAUGGCUGUACUCUGGCUCCACAACACAACAAAGAGGUGCAGGGACUCAGUUCCAGAAGGAAAAAAGCCCUGCCCAUAGGCAUCUGGCUGGCCAGUGUUAAAACUGGAUGCUGGACUAAAUGGGCCAUUGGCCUGAUCCAGCAGGCUCUUCUUAUCUUUUUAACAUCUGAUGUCAUGUGUAACCUUACUGCAAACUUUGCACAAGCAAAUUGUGUUGAACGCUCACCAAGAGGGCCAUCUCGAAGUAACCUGUGUUGUUUUUAGCAUUGUAGCAUAGUAGAUGACCACAAACUCUGCAUACAGGAAGUCCUGUGUUCUAUUGCCAAAUUCUUUAAGUGGGGUAGGGAAUAACCCUGCCUAAAAUUAUGGGACACACACACACAGAGAGAGAGAGAGAGAGAGAGAGAGAGAGAGAGAGAGAGAGUGUCACAGAGUCUCCACCUCUGCCUUAGUGGCUUUCUAAGGUUGUUCCCAUGUUGCUAGUUUGCUGUGGACCUCUGAACUACACCCUGAAGAAAGGCACCCUGCCAACAUUUUCUGAGGUCAUUUUAAUCCUAGGAAGAUGACAGGUUGAUCCAGAGCAUCUAAAUCAUGCCCAAGGAAUGUUUUCUGCAGCAUGUCUGAGCAGAUCAGUGCUUUAUCAUGCAGUCUGAUGCAGGUCUACACAGAAGUAAGUGCCACUGACUUCAGUGGGACUUCACCUGUCAGAGAUUCUUUAGCUGUGAUUCCUGCAUUGCUGGCAGUUGGACUGGAUGCCCCAUUGUGUUCCUUCCAGCUCUACAAUUUUAUGAUCCUAUGUAUGUGUGGCAUUGCAGUCUAAACUGAGUAGUGGAGGCACAGGGCAUGCAAACCCAGCCAACAGAACUAGACGAGCAAAGAGGAAGCUUAUGAAACUUUGUGUGUUUCCUUUAUGUGGCCGGAAAUGAGGGCUGACUCCCAGCCAGCCCUGUGAAACUUCUCCACUCCGCACCCACCUUCCUUUUCGUUGAGAAGUGUAGUGCUUCUCUUCUAUCUUGUAAUUUCAAAGCUAAGAUAAACCACUUCCCUUCCAGUCACCUUGGAGGCCCUUCCACAUGCCCAGUAUAUGAUGACUGGGAGAUACUUCUUUCCUGCUGCCUGAAAUUGCUAUCUUUCAGGGCAUCUGACUGUUUCUUUAGAUGCUCUUAAUGUGUUUAAGUGAUUUCAAUGUAUUUUUAACCAGUUUAAUCCAGAUUUACUGUUUCUGCAGGGUUUUGGUGGUUUUUUUAAUCUAUCCAGAUUAAAUGGAAACAUAAUAUGGGGUGACAGUUUGGUGAGGAUGAUGUGACAUUGAGACUCCACAAUAAGCUGCUAUGGGGAAGUACCCAGAGCAUAUCUGCCUUGGUGGCAAAGAGGAAGACUGGACAGUUUUCAAACCCAGGCUAUCAAAGCAGAGCCUGUUCUCUGCCCUGCUUCCACCCCGCAGAUCUUCUGCUUUUUUCACCAUGACCUGCAGAAGGGAUGUUCUCAGUGCAAAUGAAAUGAAUGCAGCAGCAGGUGGCAUUAUGUUUUUUGGGGAGGACCUAUCAGCAGAUUUAAAUGUUCAAGAAAGUAUGUGGGACUGUCCCUUCAGGACCAAACCACUUCCAAAAUGCAGAUUGAGGGUGUUUAUAUUUUGAGUACUCUCCUAAUAUAUCAGAGGUGGACCUUGGGAAUCUGCCCAAGGCACACCCCUCACCAGCCUGCUGUCCCCAUCAUUGAGAGUUUUUGGCUGGCUAGGAUGUGUCCUUGAAGGCGAUAGUGCCUAUUCCCUGCCAGGAUGGAAGAUGGAAAGGUGUAAACCUCUGACUUUCCUGUGGCUAGAACAGAGCCUCUUGUACAAAUAUUUUAAAAGUGCCAAUUCUUCCACCCACUGUUGCCUCUGGUCCACCCACCACUGAUCUUCAGCCCCCAGAAUGCUUCAUGGAUUGAAAAAGGUUCCCCACCCUUCAAUGCUGAAUGCUAAGUUUUUCCUAUGCACAGGGAAGGUUGUUCUUCCCCCUGCUCUGUGUAUGGAAAUGGAGCCAUUGUUGCUGCAGCUGGUGAUAGCUGUUGGUUACAGAGGUCAUACUCCCUGAUACUGUUCAAGGUAAAAUGUUAUUUACCUAUUUAGCGCCAAAGAUCACAGGUUUUUCAUAUGGCUGCAGGACCAGCAUGUUUCCUCAAAAAGCAGGUUUAACCUGACAUUCUGAAGAAGUGUUGUAAACGUUCAUUAAUGCUCCAAGACAGUUUUUCAUUACUUGUUGCUCCAAAAGCCUGCGAAGACUGUAAUUCUCUUCAUUUUCAGUACCAUAUUUAGAGGAAAGCAAUUCUUUUAAAAGCUCUGUAAAAAUGUUUGCUAGAGCCUUUUAAAAAGAAAAAGAAAAAAACUUGCUUGAGAGAUCAAAAACAUAAUUUUUGAUUUGUUUAUUUUCUUUUUAACAGCAAAAGGAAGCCAAUAGCUUCUUGCUCCAUUUUUCAGCAGAUUUGGCCGAAAGUUGCCUUCAGGGAUCUGAAGAGAGGCCACUCCAUGUGAGGAAAGGCUUCUUCAUGCAUGGGUCCUUUUUACAGGGAUAUACAAAUCUUCUCCAUGAAGACAGUCAAGUCUUUCUCUGUAGUGUGUUGAAAUUGGCAGACUCUUUGGCCUGGGCAGCUUCAUCAAUAAAUACAGCUCACAUUCUGCUAGAAUUGAUAAGUGCCUGAAUAUGCCAUUUCUCCAAGCUUGAGUGUGAUGAAUGGCAGAAGUGAUCUGCAUUUGUGGCUUCACAAAUGUGGCUUGCUCUGUGCCACCCGUUUGCUGGGAAUCACAAGUGGGGAGAAGGCUGUUGCACUUCGGAGCACGCUUUCCAAGGCCAUCUGGUUGGCACAGUGAGAACAGGGUGCUGGAUUUGAUGGGCUUCUGGCUUGACCCAGCAGGGCUCUUCUUAGGUUGCUAUUCUUAUUUUGGGCAUUGAAUCUCAUGUGUGCAUGUUUUAAAGUCCCAUUUUUCAGAAUGGAGGUCUUGUGGAUUCCACAAUUUCAGUUGUCUGUUUUGUCAUGGAGAUAAUCUGAGGUUGCAUUGCAGUUUAUUCUGUAUUCCUGAUGUCCCCCUGACUGUUAAUUUCCACAUGAUAGUUCAGCUUUCAUACUACAUAAAAGCCGCUUCAGGAAAUAUAGUGGAAUAUAGCACACUUUUAGCAUUCAUUUCAGUAUUACCAGCUUCCAGAAUAAAUCCAUUUGCAAAUAACACGGAAAUAAACCUACUCUAUAUUCCACUAUAUUUCUGAAAAUGGCUUUUACUUUGUGUGAAAGCUCAAAUAUAAUGCGGAAAUUAACAGUUAGUGCAAAGUGGGGAAGACAGAGUGAGCUGCUGUGUGAAUGCAGCCAGAGAAUGCUGAUUCUCCUCCUCAGUCAGGGAGGCCCAAGCAUCAUCAUUCACAGCCAGGGUGGGAAUUCACAUCAGGGAAUUGGGGGAGGGAGUCUGUGGCCUUCUAAGUGCUGGUGGACUCCCAGAUCCCACCAUUCCUGACCAUGCUGGCUGGGGCUGAGGGGAUUUGGAGCCCAUCACAAUCUGGUGGGCCACAGGUUCUUCCCCCCCUGAUGUGCAUGGCAUUUUUUACAUCAGACACAACCUUAGGAUGCCAUUGUUUUUGAACAUAAGAAGAGGUCUGCUGGGUCAGGCCAGUGGUUUAUCUAGACCAGCAUCCUGUUCUCACAGUGGCCAACCAGAUGCCUGUGGGAAGCCCUCAAGAACGGAGCAGAGCACAAGAGCCCUCUCCCCUCCUGCAGUUUCCAGCACCUGGUGUUCAGAAGCAUUGCUGCCUCUGACAGUGGAGGUAGGCAUGGGCCACACAAACUUCCUCAAAGAACACUGAUGAAAUAACUCGAAAACAGGAAAUGAACCUGGUGUCCCAAAACUGCAUGGCUAACCUUUCUUGACCUUCAUGAGAAGACGCUACAAAUGUUUUGUACUGAUAGGAAAUGGUGAUUAUUUUUCUGUAAGCUGACCUCAAAUCAGGGGGCAGCCACCCCCUUGUUUUGGCUUCAUCCAUUAGAUCAUCAGCCCCAGCCUUUUGCACCAAAUAUCCAAAACUUCUCGGUGAAACUGUAAACUUGUAUUGAAUACCUCACAGGAAGAGAAUUUCACAACUUCCUCAGAACUUCGUUCUGCUGUUCCUCCUAUAAACAUCAGAUGACGAGACACACAGUCUUUGAAGGUGAAAUGCUACUGGUUUAGCCACAAGUUAAUAAUAGUAAUAAUAAUUGUUACACUUGUCAGGGAUACUAAUUGGCCCAUUAUCUUAUUUGGCAUAAAGAAACUGCUUUUACCUGUCUUGCCCCUGUGUGGACUUGCCCCUUUGCACUCAUUUUAAUUUGGAGGAAAAAUUGCUGCUGUCUUUCAAGUUUCUCAUUCAGUGUGAGGUCACUUUCUGUGUUCCUAAGUUAGUUAAGUUACUUUGGUGUAUUGUGAUCUGCUGGGCUUCUAACUAAUCCUAUUCUGCCUUUGUCCUUGCAGACCUAGUUGCUGCGAAAUAUGAGAGAGGGAAAUUGGCUCGUUAGAAAUAGGAAGUUUGGCAAGGGUUAUGACUUGAGGCUUGUUCAGAUGUUACGCUGAGCACAGGUACAAAGUAGCUCUACCCGUGUACAAAUGUUUGUGUGGAAGUGUGCAGUGGUGGUGGUGCAGUGGUUAGAGUGCUGGGCCAGAACCUUGGAGACCAGGGUUCAAUUCCCUAUGUGACCCAUGAAGCACUCAUCACCUUUCAACCUAACAGGGUUGUUAUGAGGAUCAAAUGGAGUUGAGGGUAGGAUAACGAUGUACACCGCUUUGAGCUCCUUGGAGGAAAGGUGAGAUCAAAAUGCAAGGAGAAACAGAAUCAUAGAAUUGGAAGGAUCCACUGGGGUCUUUCACCCAAUGUGGAGCUCAAACGCAUGACCCUGGGAUUAAGAGUCUCAUGCUCUACUAGACUGAGCUGUCCAGCCUCAUGCACCAUGAGUCACUCUGCCAAUGAAACACCUGUGCAUCACAGAACCUCCUUUUGAGGAGGGGUGUUUCACAUCAGUUUACAUAUGUCAGUGCUCUUGAACCCUACAGUGGUCCCUCGGGUUCAGAACUGAAUUUGUUCUGGAGGUCCGUUCUUAACCUGAAACUGUUCUUAACCUGAAGCACCACUUUAGCUAAUGGGGCCUCCCUCUGCUGUCGCACCGCCAGAGCACGAUUUCUGUUCUCAUCCUGAAGCAAAGUUCUUAACCCGAGGUACUAUUUCUGGGUUAGCGGAGUCUGUAACCUGAAGCGUAUGUAACCUGAAGCGUAUGUAACCCAAGGUACCACUGUACUUCAGUUUGUGUGUGCCAUCUGGGACCAGAAAUCCAAGUAUACAACAAUGCAUAAUGUUGUGUCAGUUUGUCUUCAAAUAUUUACAUUAAAUUUGCUUUGAGUUACCUCUUUCUUAAAACCCAAAAGGAAAAACAACAAUCCCGUUCCAUGUUAGAGCCAAUACUUAGUCAAAUAAUGCUAAUCAGGAAGUUGCUUUCUGUGUAUUUUGGCAAUUGGUCAAUGAUUAGGUAACCAGCAAGUUAUUUCCAGAGACAUCUCUGCCUGGGACGUGACCAAAAGACUAACUGAGAAUUCUAAGGGUGUAGGGAGCCUUAUAGCAACCCAGGCAGAGCAUCUAGCUCAGUACUGCCAACACUGGCUGGCAGCAGCUGUCCAGGAUUUCAGAUAGAAGUCUUUCCCAGUCUGACUUGGAGAUGCCAGGGAUUGAACCUGGGACCUUCUGCAUGAAAACCACAUGCUCUACCAUUGAACUGUCCCCAAGCAAUCUUCUGCAAUGCCUAAAUAAACCAGGACUCAAUUGCUUGGGACUUUUGCCCGCUACGUUCCCUGUAUGCCUGCAUGUUACUGGGGACUAGGCAGCCUCUAUUGGAAACCACAGCAUUUUGAGGUUAUUGUGUUACUGAUUUAUAUACUUCUUAGUUGCCAAAGAGUCUUCUAAGCCAUUUACAGGUAUAAACCCAAUUACGGGGGGGGGGGGGAGGAGGCAUGCAUAAUUAAAAUACAUGGUGAAACAAGGCUACCCUGUGAGAAUUCAGGCCCAUUUCGAGGGAUCUGGGCCUAGUUCAAGUCAGGUUGAGACAGAUAAUGUGAAUGGCCCAGGAUCAUCCAGUGAGAUUCAUGGCUGAUUGGGGAUUUAAAUCCUGAUCUCCCAGGUCGUAGUCUGAUGGCUUAAGCCAUUAUACCAUGCUGGUUCAGCUAGGUUAUCAGUGGUUUGUUACUGAGUUGGUAGAUGCGAUCACCGCUGUACCUCUGGCAUGUGUCCUUUGGAAACAAACAAGUGAAUUGAAACAUCACUUGUGGCCUAGCUGACUGGUUGACUCUGUCUCUUUAUUUUCCAGGCUUUCUUGUUCGGGCUGAUUCUGGUCCCUCUCCGUAUCCUAUGCAUGCUCUUCAUUUUGCUGGUGGCCUGGCCGUUUGCAGUCCUGGCAACUUCCUGCACCCCUGAGAAGGGGACUAAGCCACUUCUGGGAUGGCAAAGGUAACAUGGCUGUUGAGGACCUCUUAAUAGGGAAGGCUUGCUGAAUACAGCAGGACUUGUCCUAGUAACUGCUUUGCACAUUAUUUGCAAGGACCUCUUUGUCCUCAUACUGGAAUGACACAACCUCCACAAUCAUGGGUACAGCAUCUCUCCAUGGACUUCCAGGAAAUAAGAGUGGUUACAUGGCACCCGAGGUUGCAGUCCUAAAUAACAUUGCCUAGGGAAGUAACUUACAUUGAACUGAGGAUUGCAUUGUGUAGGCCAGCACAUUUUGCAAGGCAGACAAGUGUUUUGACUGCCUUUGCGAUGUAGAACUUAAUGUGGGAGAACCAUCGCUUAGAAUGUCAUUGUCUUUUUGGAGCACUGGGAUUUGCAAGAACCUUAACUUUGUAGCAUAUUCAUAUGGCACCAUCAGAUCUGCCCCUUGGUACACAACGAGGUCCUGUGUCCUUCCCAGUUAAAAAUAACAAGAAAGACUUUUUGGCGUGCCUACUUUGAUGGGGGUUUUAAUAUGUUUUAUUUGUUUUUGAAUGUGUGUAGCCAUUUUCCCUGUAGUUUUUAUGUGGGGCAUGUGCAUUUCUGAAUAUUACCAGUUUUUCAUCCAAUUUUGUGUAUGGGAUUGCUCCCUAAGUCUAUGUAAGGUGAAUGAUGGUGGUAAUAGUCACCAGUGUAAUUGUCAUCAUAAUAAAAUAAUAACAACACUGAUGUACCUGAGAGGGGGUUGCAACAAUAUUAUGUAUGUUGAAAGAUUUGGGACAGAUAAAAUAAAGGACUGUUCACACAGCGAACAGUUAAGCUAUGGAGCCCACUCCCACAGGAAGCAAUGAUGGCCACAACUUCAGUGGCUUUCAAAGAGGGGUAGACAACUUCAUGGAUGACAAGGCUAUCAGUGACGACUAGCCAUGAUGGCUCUGCCUCUGCCUCUGCCUCUUUCUUCAGGAGUAAAUGCUUCUGAAUACCAGUAGCUGGAAACCACAGGAGAGCAGAGUGCUCUUGUGCUCAAGUCCUGCUUGUGGGUUUCCCAAAUGAGGCAUCCGGUUUGCCACUGUGAGAACCGGAUGCUGGUUUAGAUGGGCCAUUGGCAACCUAUUCUAAUGUUCUUAAUGCAGGCUAAGCUCUUUAUGAAUUUUAAAAAUGUCAUAUAUAUUUGUUUAUAUGGUGCUCUCAGUGUACAUAACAACACAAAGCAUGUGUUGGGAGCUGCAGACCCGGGGAGCCAAUUGCGGCCCUCUGAGCUUCUCUGUCUGGUCCUCUAGUUUCUCUCCAGGGUUAGGGGUAGUGAUCUUGGUGAUGAGUGAAGUAAUGAGGUUCCCAAUUUUCUUUUCUUUUUUCCCUUAGGAGAGUGUGCUAUGCCAGCCUCACGAUCUUAGGCCGUGCCUUAUUUUUUGUGAUGGGCUUCCGAGUCAAAGUGAAGGGGGAAGUAGCUAGUCCUGAGGAGGCACCGAUCCUUACUGCAGCACCACACUCGAGCUUCUUCGAUGGGAUCGUCUGUGUUCUGGCAGGCUUGCCGUCGACAGUGUCUAGGCAAGAGAAUCUCUCUGUGCCCAUUCUUGGGAGUAAGUGUUGUUAUGAGGCUUGAGGGAAUGUAGGCUGCUUUUGCCCAGUUUAAGUCUUUCACACACACACACACACACACAUAGGUGAAUGAGAUGGUAGAGUUCUUGGAUCACAGAACAAAAUCCAGAAUGAUGUAGCAUUCUGAAAAGAGAUGGAGAAUCCUCUGGUCCUCCUGACGUUGUUGGACUCCCAACUCUCAUCGACUGCAUACAGUGUGGCCAUUGGUUUUGACAUGCCAACUUGUCACCCAUGCAUGGGUAAACUCAGGACUGCACUCCAGAUUUUUUCCUUUGAAAUAAAGUCAUGUGACAUCAUCGGAUUGACAGGAGGGCAGCCCUUAGCCAUCCAUUAAAAUGGCACUAGUGAGAGCUCAGGAUCUGGCCCACCUGUCAGUGUGUGGCAGCUGUGAAAUAGGUGAAUUCCAUGCUAAGGAUCUCCAGGAAAGGAAUUGAAAAUAAAACUUCAUACAUCACAAUGCCGUUACAAGUGGUACCUUAGUUUACGAACUUAAUCCGUUCCGGAAGUCUGUUCUUAAACCAAAGAGUUCUUAAACCAAGGUGUGCUUUCCCAUAGCGGCGGGGGACUCAAUUUACAAAUGGAACACACUCAACAGGAAGCGGAACAUGUUCUGCUUCCAAGGCAAAGUUCACAAACCAAAGCACCUACUUCUGGGUUUGCAGCGUUCUUAAUCCAAGUUGUUCAUAAACUAAGCUAUUCUUAAACCAAGGUACCACUGUAUACAAAUCUAUGGUGCAACCACAUUUGGAAUACUGUGUACAGUUCUGGUCACCUCGCCUCAGCAAGGCUACUGUAAAGUUGGAAAAGGUUCAGAAAAGAGCAGCCAAAACGAUCAAGGGGAUGGAGCAACUCCUCUGUGAGGAAAGCUUGUGACAUCUGGGAGUUUUUAGUUUAGAGAAAAUGUGAGUAAGUGGUGUCAUCAUUUAAGUUUGUAAAAAUAUAGAUGGCAUAGAAAGUGGAUAGAGGACAGUUUUUUCCCCUCCAUCUCUCUUAACUCUAGAACUCCCACUCUGGAAUGUUGGAGGUUUAGGAUAAAGUUAAACUAUGGAACUUGCUCCCAACUUGGAUGGCUUUAAAAGAGGAUUGGGCAAUAUCAUGGAAGAUAAGGCUAUCAUUGGCACCUAUCUUUGACAGCUGUUCACUGCCUCUAUGGUGGAAGCAGUAUGCCUCUGAAUACCAGUUUCUGGGAAUCACAAGUGAGUUGAGUGCUGUUGUCCUCAGGUCCUCUCUGUAUUCUAAAGUUCUGGUUAGGUAUUUUAAUAUUGUUAUACCAUCUCCUCCACACAUGAUAUGGGUGGUAGUCUAGAAAUGUUUUUAAUAAAUAAACCGAUUUUGACUGGUGCUUAGGCUCAAGAAAGAAUUCUUAGAUUUUUGGGGGUGGGUGGAUGGGCCUUAGAAAUGCUUGUAUCACCCAACAAUGAUAGGAAUCUUUCUUUCUUUCUUUCUUCUUUCUUUUUUGCUAUUAAACAGGGAUCCUCAGUGCUCUCCAGCCUGUUGUGGUGUCCCGUGUUGAUCCUGAUUCUCGGAGGAACACAAUCAAAGAAAUAACCCGUCGAGCAACUUCAGGGGAGCAAUGGCCCCAGGUAAGAUUUUUAAGAUGGUUUAGCUGCUAAAAAGCUGAACCAUCGUUGUGCAAAUUGCUCCUCCAGGCUCUUCAUGACAAAUGUUGAGAAAUGAAGGAGUCAUCUGAGAUAAAUGGAGGAUGUUGUAAGCAUAAAUGAGAGAGCCCUGUUGCCCUGUAAGGGUCCAGGUAAACAGCUGACCUAACCCCAUCUGCAGUAUACAUUUUAAGUAGUUUCAUGCAAAUGUAAACAGUAAUGGCUUCUCCCAAAGAAUCCUGGAAACUGUAGUUUAUUGAGGGUACUGAGAGUCGUUAGGAGACCCCCUAUUUCCUGUUAAACCACCCAUAGUAUUGUGGUUUGAAUGGUAACUCAUUCAAAAUUAUUCAUAGAUGGUACCUGAUUCCCUGUACUCAAGUACUAAUAGCCCACUAUGCAGGAGAGCUUAAGGAAAAUCAGGUGCCUAUUUUCAUAAGUGGUGAUUUUGUGAAAAGAUACAGGAAAAAAUAUAUUAUGAAAUGUGACUUAUCAUGGAUCAGAUACUGGACUUAGUUCCCAGGGUGGCAUUGUUAUCUAUAUUUGAUGAAGAAAGUCAAAACAUUACAAACAAGGGCUCAUUACAAUUCUUACUAUCCAUGACACGCUUGACAAUAGGUAGAAGUUGGUAAGUUUCAGGAGACAACUUGCUGCCUGAAUGGUACCAACAAACUCAGAAAAUUGCAUCAUUGGAAAAACUGACACCAAAGGUGAACGACAGGAAGAAUUUCAAAAAAAGACAGAAAAGAAGUUCCAAACGAUAUGCUAUCUCCUUAUUAAACAAGUAGCACAAAAAUACAUAACCGGCAUCCAUAUGCGGACUCUUGUGGAACAAUUGUAAAGAUGACACUAAUAAACAAAAAUAAUUUUGGUUGUAAGUAAAGAGGCACAAAUAUUUUACAGUACAACAUAGAUUCAAUCAAUGCUCUUAGCUAAAUGCUCCUUAUAUGUUUAUGAUUAUGUAUAUUCGGUGGUUCCCCCCUCCCCAAAGCAAAUAAAGUGAUUAAAAAACAACAACAACUGCAGGUUUGAAAGGUUCAGUCAGUCAUCUUGAUUCAAAAUGGUUCCCCAUGAUAUCCAGACAUAGGAAAAAACCUUCUCUGCUAUCUCAGGAGCCAUCAUGCAACAUUUGGUUAUGGCAUCUUAAGUGGUGUCCAAAUGUAUAGCAAACAAACACAUUUCCAAAAUAUGUGGCAGAUAUAGCAUAUGGAAAGUGGAAUGGAACAACAGAGGCAGAAUUAGAUCAGGGUUAUGGAGGCAGAAAGCUCUGACAGUGAUCCAUGGUUUGAGACCUGGGGUGUUAUAAAGGUGUUCCUGUUUCUCUUCCAUCAGAUUUUGGAGCAUAUGUAUUGCAAGAAACAGGACAGCAUUCCUGGAGUGUCACUACAGGUUCUGUUAUUGUAGGGUCUUCCCCGGCCACUGUUCCAAACAGCCCCAGCCAUUGUGGCCAGUGAUCAAGGAUGAUGGGACUUUGAGUCCAACAAUAUCUUAUGGCCCACAGAUUAAGAAAGAAAGGUUCAGAAAGACGUGCGCCUCCCCCCCAUUGCUGUCUGAAGGAACCAUUGGCAAAUGAGUCUUGAACAAGAAUUGCUGGAUUUGUGGGACAGUUUAAAUUAAUGGAAUAUGCAUGUCUUCUCCUCUUUUUUUGAUCCCAGGUAUUGAUUUUCCCAGAAGGUACCUGUACAAACCGUUCAUGUCUGAUCACUUUUAAACAAGGUGAGGAAGGCUGUGUCAGAUGCAUUGUUGCUGAAAAGCUAGAGGUGGGGGGGAGGGAGUGUGUAACAUUUGAAAAGCAGAUUUAAAGCAUGAACCUUUUCAGAGGAAUGGAGGAGGUGCCUCCAGGCUACAGAGUCUGAAAUGGACCCAUGAAUCAGAGUUCUGGGGUUGCAAGGUAAAGGUAAAAGAUAAAGGAUCCCUGGACGGUUAAGUCCAGUCAAAGGCGACUAUGGGGUUGAGGCACUCAUCUCCCUUUUCAGGCUGAGGGAGCUGGCAUUUGUCCACAGACAGCUUUCUGGGUCAUGUGGCCAGCAUGAUUAAACUUCUACUGGUGCAGCAGGACACCUUGAUGAGUGCCAGAGUGCAUGGAAACACUGUUUACCUUUCCGUUGCAGUGGAACCUAUUUAUCUACUUGCACCGGUGUGCUUUUGAACUGCUAGGUUGGGAGAAGCUGGGAGCAACAGGAGCUCACCCCAUCAUGCAGAUUCAAGCUGCUGACCUUCUGAUCAGCAAACCCAAGAGGCUCAGUGGUUUAGACCACAGCACCACCCGCUAGCUAGCCCUACUCAGAGUACACCUAUUGAAAUCAAUGGAAUUAUUCCAAGUCUACUCUGAAUAGGAACAGCAGUGAACACAUGAUCUGCCUGGAUCAAAUCAGGAGAGUCUGCUUUGGAAUAUGAGUUCAAUUCCUUCCUUACCAGGAGUGAACUUUUUAUGCAAGGUUCUGGUACUGCAAAAAAAAAAAAAAAAUGUAUUAUUGAGCUCAAAUGUGCCCCAUUAAUCCCAACUGUAUAUCUUUUACACCUGGCUCUGGUUGGUAGAUCCUUUGGGGUUCUUGUAGAAAGCUAAAUAACAAUACUGGAAUGUGCCCAUUUCUGGAAUAGAUGUAAUCUGACUUGGUUUAAGGCAACGUUCUGUCUUCUGUAUGUGAGGAAUGUUUCUUUAUAUGGAGAGCUUCCCUCUUGUGGUCUGAAGUGGUACAGUCCAGAAAUGAGCCUAGAUCUCACCAACACAAUAGACUUCCAAAAGACAAUAGACAACCAAAAGAGUUGGUGUGAUUUUCUGCCUAGGGAGUUGGAACCAAUCUGCACUCUGUUGUUAUAGGGCCUUUAGAACAAAACAGAAAGGGGAUUUAGGUGGCAACUGUAUAGCUAUGUAUGCUUUAUCUGAUAAAUUUCAUUCCCCCACCCCAUUGCAAUCUUUAAAAUAGGAAUGGGGAACCUUUGGUUCCCCAGAUGUUGCCAAUCUGCACCUCCCAUCAGCCCCAGAAAACUUGGACCAAUAGCCAGAGGUGCUGGGAGUUCAGCAACAUCUGGAUGACCAACAGUUCCCGACUCCUACUUUAAAGCCCAGGCUACAGUUCCACAGACUUCAGCUGUCUAUUCCAGUGAACAUUGAAUGCCUCUACUCUCCUGCUGACAGCCACCCAGCUCCAAGGUAGUGGUGACACUGAAACUGGCCCCGGGACAGGAUCCCAUACUAUCAGAUUUGCCUAGGUUGGUGGUCUUCAUUUUUCAACCUGGGAUGCACCUUUUAACCAUGACAUGCUUUAGGAGACCCAAUUCAUUUUUGACUACAUAUUUGGUGAUAGCGCUUCAGUUGUGAUCUACCUUUGAUCAGGAAACUGGUCCAGUAGUAGAUCCACCAACAUAUGGAUCUCAGUAACAAGUCUGUUAAGGAUGUGGUCCCUAACAGCUGUGAUUUCCUGGGAUUUGGGCAUCUGAGUGAACAUGGAAAGCCCUUAACUCAACAUGUUAAUCUGAAUGGUUCUUGUUGGUGGUGUCCAUUGAUUAUUAUUCCUAGGCACAAACUAUAGUCCACAUAAUUUCUCCCCGUGGUGAUUUUUCUUGUCUGGCUUGCAUUUCCAGGGGCCUUUAUACCUGGCGUUCCUGUUCAACCAGUGCUCCUUCGGUAUCCAAAUAAAUUGGUAAGUUCCCUCCCAAUUAUUUUAUUGAUAGAAUCAGUUGGGUAGGGAACCUCAGACCUGGGGGCCAGAUGUGGCUCCCCUGAACUCAUUAUCUGGCCCACAGAAGUCUUCGCAGGCCACAUCCCUCAUUGCCCAUGCUUUACAUUCCUCUUGAGUGUUUCUACCUGGCUGGAAUGAGUCCUUGAACUCUGAUAAUGCCCCUUGCUAGCCUGGAUAGAGAAUAGAAAAGAGCAUAUUAACACAUUUUGCUUUGCUUGUGGCCCACCUACCCACUACCGGCAUGUGGCCCUCAGAAAGUUGCCAGAAUGGAAAUAUGGCCCUUGGACUGAAAAAAAGAUUCCCCACCCCUUUAAGAAAUCAAAAGUCUUGACUUGUUGCAAUCCCUCUAGAAUGAUCCAUUUCCCUGAUACAAACCAUGGCCACAUCUGCACUAUACGUACAUUUAAAGUUCUGCUUUGUUCUGCUUUUAACAGUUGUGGUUUCCCAAAAAACCUCUAGAAAGUGUAUGUAAAGAGUGCUGAGCAUGAUUAGGAGACCCCUUUCCCCCUCACAGAACUACAAUUCCCAGAGUCCCCUGUGAAGAGUGAUUGUUAAGCCACUCUGGAAAUUACAGCUCUGUGAGGGGAAUAGGGGUCUCCUAACAACUCUCCGCAACCUUAACAAACUGCACUUCCCAUGAUUCUUUGGCAGAUGGUAUGAUACUGCUUUAAAUGUAUAGUGUAGACAAGGCCCCUAAAAGCAUUGUUUUCCUGAGGUGAUCUGAAUGUUCAGCCUGUGGUUCUGAGUCUGCGAUGGCCCAUUCACACAUGCAGACCACCAUUUGGGUGUGCGAACUAUCCCACAAUAGGCUCCCUCUAUGCAUUCUGUCAUGCUGCCUGCUGACGAAGAAAACUCCACCUGAAAUACAGCUGAGAGCACACUCUGGCAUCCUCUCACCACAGACACCACCGUCACCAAGGGCAGGAAACUGGUUAUGCUUUUCCACCAGUGGUUUCUGCAAGUUAAACCUCUUGGCAUUGCCACAUCUAAGUAAAUGACAGUUAUUUGCUCCUGUGAGGUAACAUGACAGGCCUGUGCGGUCUUGCCUCAUAUCGUGUUAGGGCUGAGGAACCAUUUUCAGCCUGGGAGCUGUGUUCCUUCUGCAGGGUCAGAGACAAAAGUGAGCAGAGCAGUGGGUGCAAAUGGUAACCCCCCCUAUUGUUCAGGCAAGCAGGCGAACAGAUUUUUCAGAGUUCAAGGACACAUUCCAACCCCACAGAAAGAUUCAAGGAGGGUUCAAAGCAGGAGCCAGAUGGAGAGACUCAGGGGGCUGCAUUUGCCUCCCUGGACCAGAGUCUCAGCACUCAUACUGCAUGUUAUGGUUUGGAAAUUUUGGGUCUGGCGCUCUGUACCUUGUCUGUUAGUUCACAGUAGGGAUGGGAGGAUGUGCCAGAUCCAGCCCUCUCGGCUUCUCAUUUUUCCAUUCUUGAAGUAGGUUUUCUACAUUUCUGCACCAAUUUAUGUUUUCUUUAAAAAAAAAAAAAAAUCUGCGUGAAAAUUCUUCAAAGUGAUAGUGUGAAUUUCUCCGCGUGAACACACUUUUACAAUGUGGUUUUGAUGAAUGUACACAUUUCACCAGCAAUUUCUCUUAACAUAACACCAUCUUUGCAUCUUGUUUUCACUAACACAUUUUAAUGCACACAUUUCCCCUCUAACACAUGCGUUGUUGCAGACAUUAACAGUCAUCGCGAAAUUCAAAUAAGUGCAAAAUUCGAAAGAUGCCUGUAUUUCAGUCCUUGUGUUGUUUUGGACAGUGCAAAUGUGAUAAAUUUUGCUUUAGGUGCAAACAGAAUAAAAUUUUCUCCCCCAUCCCUUGUCAGGAGCCAUAAACCAAUUUCUGCUCUUGCUGUUUGUUUAUUUAGAGCAUUUGUACCUCUACUCUUCAGCCAAAAAGGCUCCCAGACUGACUUAUAUACAAACAGUUAAAACAAGACAGCCCCUGCCCACAGGCUUAGAACCUAGAAAAAACACCACAUACUGUAGAAGGAGAAAGGCAUGGGGAGGGGAUGAUGGGUGUGGUCAAAUUCUGGCACCAGUUCUUAAAUAGUUGUUCUUAUAAUGACCAGUUGGCCUAGUUCAGGGGCAGGAGGUGCCUGAUGAAGGUGGACUUGUGGCAAAGCUGAUGAAGUGAGUGAGUCCUGCUGGCCACCUCUCCCACUGAGACAGCCUCGUGAUAUUCCUGUCCCCAUGUGACUGUUGAGGGAGAGGAGGCCUGAUGGAGCUGUUGGAGUGAGUCCUGUGUCUCCUCCUCUGUUUCAUCUGAUAAGGUGGAGGGGAGGAGGUUGUGGCCCUCCAGGUGUUGCUAGAUUCCAAGUCUCAUCAACCAUGGCUAGUGUGACCAGUGGUCAGGGAUGGUGAGACUUGGUCCACAGCCUCUGGAGAAACACAGGUAUCCUGCUAGAGACUUGCUAGUGAAUCACGCCCAUGUCCUGUUCUCGGCUGUGCUUUGCUUUCCAUUUGUCCAACGAGCUGUUUAUAACUAUUCAUUUAUUUUAUUUGCUUGCCUCUAGGAUACCGUGACGUGGACUUGGCAGGGCUACAAUUUGUAAGUGGCACCACCCUAAUGACAAACGUUUUUAUCGCCGGCGGCUGUUGACAAUAGUAGUUGCAGCAUCUUUGUAUGUGCUGCAUAUACAGAUCUUUAGAUAUGGGUGCCAUGUUCAGAAGGUUCAGAAGGUUUAUAUUGAAGCAGUUGUAUACUAAUGGGGCAGCGGUAGGGAACCAUUCUCAUCCCAAGGGCUGUGUUCCCUUCUGAGCAACCUUUGGGGUGGGGGUGGGGUGGGGCACAUGCUGGUAGUGAGGAAGGCCAGAAGCGAAAGUUGGUGGAGCAACACAUUACCUAGGUCACUCAUCCCUUCCUGUCCUCCCUCCCUGUCCUCCAUCCAGGUAAGCCAGAAACAUUAUCCAAGUUCAAGGACAGGCAAAAGCACUCAAUGAUGAGUUGAUGGGUUGUAGGCUGGAUACGGCUAUCAAUGGUUACUACCUGUGGUGGCUACACUCUGCCUGCAUGAUUGGAGGCACUAUGCUUCCGAAAACCAGUUGCUGGAAGUCUCAGGGGAGAGAUGCUUCUGUGCUCAUGUCCGGCUUUCAGGUUUUCCCCAGGCAUCUGGUUGGCCACUGUGAGAACCAUACCCAUAACUUGAACCCAUGGGGGCUGGGGUCUUAAACAAGCCCCUUUCCUUUCAGCUUCAUCCAUAAUAAUGCUGUUUUGUUUACAGCGUCCAGAUUGUCAGCCACUCUGGAAAGGCAUUGCAUAAAUUACAUAAAUUGUUAAAAUGCAUUAAAUAGCCUAUCAUCUCAAGGCUGUAGCAAGGAUUGCUAGCAAGGAUGUGAGACACUUCAUUGCAAAGCCUAAUUAUCAUUACAAGUGCCUUCUAAAAAUAUUUAGAUCUGCUUUGUGAUGUGCAUUUGAAAACUUAGCUGUUUAAAUGUCACGUUUAAAUGGAUUGAUUUGAAAAUGGUUUGCAACCUUUGUUUUAUUUUAAUUCUUUUCCAGCAAGGAGGCAUUAGUCUUGACUUUGUGCCAGCUGUUUACAAAAGUUGAAGUGGAGGUGAGAACCAGAGAAAUGCUGCUAUUUUAAACCUGAAUGUGUUGAUUAGUUUGCAAGCAAUUAGUUUGCAAAUGUUUGAGAACUGACAUUGAACAAUGAUAGAAAAGCUUCCUUUCUCUUCUUCCCUGCUAAAUUGGACCUAGAGGGUUUGCCUCUCUCCCCAAUCCUGUGCUUUAAAUAAACUCUCAUGUUCUUCUUUUUAAAAAGCACGUGUUGUUGUUUAACCCUUGUCCAUUGCCGAAAUAAUUGGAAAUAAUUGGAAAGAUACACUGAUCAGGUGAGAAAAUUAAAGGAACCAGGGAAGGUGAAGAAGGGAAGUCGCAAAUGAUUUUAUAGAAAGAUAUGGAUGGGGAAAUGCUUAUUUUAAUGUGAAUGUGAUUUUGAAAAAUGUAACACUGAAAAAUAUAAAUAAAAUUAAAACUUGAGGCUUAGCAUGUUAAGAUGUGAGAAAUGCUAAAAUCGAUUAAAACUUCAGUACCCCCCCUUCCUCCUUCCCUUUUGCAGAAAAGGGAACAAACUAUAUUCCAUUUUUAAACCAUUUUUAUUGUAGUGCUUGGGGCCACCAUCCCUACUUGCAUUGCUCACCAACCCCUGCACCAAAAGCCCACCUCUUCCCAAGACAUAACCGCCUCGCUUUAUACCUAACCCAACCCCCUCAAAUCCCCGCUGCUCCUUCCAGCUCCCCCUAUAUCCUCAAAGCUCUGCUGUGUCCCUUCACUCCUGCUUUAUUCAACUCUCUGCUGUUGUUCAAAACCACCAUUUUAAAACCAGCCUCCUCUUUUGUUCCCGUGAUCCUCUACUGUGGCUUCAUGCAAAUCGGAAUUCUGAUGAAGCACUAAAAAUCUUCCAUUGCGAGCUGUACAACGACAGCCUUACCUUUUUAUGUAUAUAAGAAGAAAACGUAUAUCCAUUUUGUGAAUCCAGGCCUUGCGUAUUGAUAAGAGAUACUCUGCAGCCACCUUCAAAUAGUAGAUCAUGUCUUGACAUGGACACACGCUGGGGUCAGCGCCUUGCCAGCUAGCCUGCACUCACUGUUGCACAUCCUCUGCCCCAGCCCCCACUCCUGAUAUCCCCAUGACCAGCAUAGCUGUAUGGCGAAAGGGGAAGCCUAAACCUGCUCCCAGCCCACACAUUGAAAUCAAUGCUAACUUCCCCAAAUGGCUUGUGCCACGACUGUGUUGAAGUAGCCAUCCCAUUCAUUGUUAUAGUUAAUUUAAAGAGUUAUAGUUAAUUUAAAGAGUUAUAGUUACAGACAGUGCUUUUUUUCUGGGGGUAAAGUAAAGGUAAAGGGACCCCUGACCAUUAGGUCCAGUCAUGGCCGACUCUGGGGUUGCGGCGCUUAUUUCACUUUAUUGGCCGAGGGAGCCGGCAUACACCUUCCAGGUCAUGUGGCCAGCAUGACCAAGCCGCUUCUGGCGAACCAGAGCAGCGCACGGAAACGCUGUUUACCUUCCCGCUGGAGCAGUACCUAUUUAUCUACUUGCACUUUGACGUGCUUUCAAACUGCUAGGUUGGCAGGAGCAGGGACCGAGCAACGGGAGCUCACCCCGUCGCGGGGAUUUUAACUGCCAACCUUCUGAUUGGCAAGUCCUAGGCUCUGUGGUUUAACCCACAGCGCCACCCGUGUCCCAGGGGUACGUAUACCCCUAAACAUUUUGUGAAUCUAAGUUUGACCUCAUUGAGGGGCAGUAUUUCAAUCUGAGUAGGAAAAUUACAGUACCCCUAAACAUUUGGGGGGGGGGGGAGCACUGGUUACAGAGGUUUUUAGUGCAGCUAAUUUUUGCCGUUGAGCAUUUUGCUUUUUUAAUAUAUAUGGAUGUGCUGCCAUCUACUGGCAGACCUGCUUAUCUUCCCCAGCAGAUUUCAUCAAGUUUGUAUAUUGCAUGGAUAUAUACACAAAGAGGCCCAAUCUGCACUAUACUUUUGAAGCAGCAUCAUACCACCCGAAACAGCCAUGGAUUCCUCAAAAAAAUCCUAGGAGGUGUGGUUUGUUAAGGGUGUUCAUAGUUGCUAGGGGACCCCAGAGCUACAAUUCCCAGAGCUCCUGGAGGGGGGGGAGGGGUUGAUUGUUUUACCACUCUGGGAAUUGUAGCUCUGUGCGGAUUAGCAAACUACAGCUUCCAGGAUGCUUCAGGGGAAGCUAUGACUGCUUAAAGUGAUAUGAUAUAGACCCAUUGAUAGAUUUGAUAUAUGCAUACAUAAAUAGAUAUACAGGUAAUAGCCAACAAUUGACAUACACUAGACCUGUUGAAAUAAAUGGAUUCAAAAUCAAAUCCAUUUAUUUUAGUAGUCCUGAAAUAUAACCUACCUAGGUUAUUAAGACUCUACUGGCUUGUGUAACUGCAUUUUUAUUAUUAUUUCAGUUUCUUCCAGUCUACAUUCCCUCCGAGGAAGAAAAGAAGGAUCCAGUCCUUUUUGCCAGUGGAGUCCGUAACAAAAUGGCAAGGUGACGUGGGAAUCCUUUUGCAAGGUUACCUUAAGGUGGCAGGUGACUGGUGUAAAAUUAUAUCAGGCUUGAAUCCUUCCAGCCUGUGUGAGUGCCACUACAUAAUUGGUGGAGAACCCCAGACUCUUCAACACUCUCUAUCCAACCCUCAGGACUCUUCCUAAGCCAAAUCCCUUCUCUCUGGGUCACUCACAGAGAGGUCUCCUAACUGUCAGCACCCUUAACAAACUACAGCUCCCAGAAUUCUUGGGGGAAGCCACAACUGUUUUACGUGGUACAGUGCUUUAAAUGUAUGGUGUAUCAAACAUUCCUCAGCCACCUUGAAAGGAAACAUGAGCACAUCAAAGGCCCUGCAUCACACUCAAGAGAAGGUCACCAAAAUUUUUACUCUCUUUGAUGAUUUUUCAGUGCAGUUUUGUUUCUCAUUAACUGAUGGCAAACAACCAAUCAAAUAUGGUGAAAUCUUUCAGGAUAGCGCUAGUUUAUAAAGUCAGUGCUUUUACUUUGCCUAGAACAAGAAGAUGAGCUUACCUUCUAAAGUGGUGUCAUACAUAUGUUUAAUUUCAGGGCUUUGGAUGUGGCCACUACGGACCACACGUACGAAGACUGCCGCCUGAUGAUCUCGGCCGGACAGCUGACCUUGCCCAUGGAGGCAGGAUUGGUGGAAUUCACCAAAAUCAGCAAGAAACUGAAGUAAGUGCUUUGCUUUUGCUUGAUUCAGAGGAAAGAUUUGUGGGCUGUUGAAUGCUUGACUUGAAAGAUGCUCUGCUUGUAUCCAACAUCUGGAAGGCCACAGGUCUCCCUGUCCCUGCUGCAUAUGGAUAGCAAACUCGAAUGUGGCUCCUUGGGUAGCUAAUCCAUCCAUGCAUAAUAAAGAACUCCAGGGUUUGCAGAUGUACAAGGGAAAAAAUGGGGCAGGGGGAUAAUCCUAAAUAGUUCAAGCAGGAUUGAGUGUGUUUAGUGGCCAUGGGAUUCUGGCUGACUGUAGGAAGGGGGAGACAGAACCAUAAGGUGAAGGGGGAAUGGAAUGGAAUGGAGCAUGGAAUGGCUCUGGCUAGCUGGCUGGCUGGAGGCAUGAACAGGAGCAUGCUUCUUUGCUACUUUUCUUUUACUUUUGAGCCCUCAGUGGCCUUUACUAAUGGCAAGUGGGGCCUCUGGACUUUUUCUUCCCUUUCAAUAGUCUAAAAUGGGACAGCGUCAGAGAGCAGUUGGACCAGUUUGCUGCGAUCGCCAGCACCUCCAAGGGGGGCAGGAUUGGAAUCGAGGAGUUUGCCAACUACCUGAAGCUGCCCGUCUCUGAUGCUCUUGAACAGCUGUUUGCCCUAUUUGACAGGGUAAGCAUGCUCCCCCACUCCCCCCGUAAUCCUUCCUGCAGAAGCUGUGCUUGUAAUUCAAUCCUCAUGCAGUCUUCUUCUUUUUCAAUAAAAAGAAUCCAAAUUUACCAUAAGGAGGAGAGAUGAUGCAUUGCUGGGCGAGCAGGGGGACAGCAUAGAAUCAGUGCAAGGAAGGAGGAACGGGGAAUGAGGUUAAAAAGAGUCUGGCGUCUCCAGGGAAAGGGUUUGCAACUGCCGAUGCACUGUGAGAAGCAGCUGCCUUUGUUCAUGUGCAGCAGAGGGCGGAGUCCUGCAACGCCCAUGGAUUCCAGCUGUGAAAGACGACAUGUAUGGGCAUGGCAGGCGGUAAUUGCUUUGACAGAUCCGUUGCUCUUGUAGCGCACACCCAACUGUGCUCUCCUCAGACGCCCUCAGAGCUUUUUGGAAGCUGCUUGGGUCUCUCCGAGUCUUCGCCAUGUUCCUCGUUCAGGCUUUGUUGGACACCGCUACCAGUAGCGGUGGUGGCGGUGGUGGUGGUAGCGCCGGAGGAGCCCUUCUGAGAAGCAUUGCAGGAGGUGGAGGAGGUGGUGGUGCUGGCGGAGCCCUACUGAGAAGCAUUGCAGGAGGAGGUGGCGGUGGUGCUGGUGGAGCCCUCAUGAAAGGCCUCGGAGGUGGAGGUGGUGCUGGGGGAGCCCUGGUGAGAGGCCUUGGAGGGCUCUUGGCAGGAGGAGGAGGAGGUGGCGGAAGCAAAGCGGGGAACAUUGUGGGGAUCGUCGGGGGAAUCGUCAACCUCAUCAGCGAAGCGGCAGCUCAGUACACUCCCGAGCCGCCACCGACCCCCCGCAGCCAUUUUGCAAAUGUGGAAGCCAACGAGAGCGAGGAGAUGCGCCAGUUCCGCCGCCUCUUUGCCCAGCUGGCUGGCGACGACAUGGAGGUGUGCCCCACGGAGCUGAUGGAAAUCCUCAACAAGGUGAUGGCCAGGCACCAGGACCUGAAAGGCGGGGGCUUCAGCCUGGACACCUGCCGGAGCAUGGUGUCUGUCAUGGACAGCGACACCACGGGCAAGCUGGACUUCUACCAGUUCAGAUACCUGUGGAAUAACAUCAAGAAGUGGCAGUGCGUCUUCAAGCAGCACAUGGGCCCGGCGGGGACCAUUGAAAUGGCCCGGCUGCCUGAUGCCUUCAAGGCCGCCGGCUUUCACCUGCAUGAGCAGAUCUAUGCGCUAAUCAUCCGCCGGUACGCCGACGAAGACGGCAGCAUGGAUUUCAACAACUUCAUCAGCUGCCUGGUGCGCCUGGAUGGCAUGUUCCGAGCCUUCAAGUCCCUGGACAGGGCUGGCGAUGGCAAAGUCCAGAUGAACAUCCAGGACUGGCUGCAGUUGACCAUGUACUCUUGAAAGCAACCCAGGAGGCAGGGAGGAGAAUCCGGCACUCAUUCCCAGCUUCAGGCUGCAAGCGCUACUUUUUAGUUACAUAGCUGGACUCUGUUUCUUUCUGGAAACGAGGCUGACUCUCGUGCCAUCGCUACGUUUUAGGCUUGCCAGGGAAAUAGGCAAGGUAGGGGAGGUUGUAUACUUACAUCUGGCUUUACUCAAGGUGCUCAUUUUAGCUUUGUUGUCUAUGGUUUGCAAAGUUUUCCUUUAAGUGUUUUUGUUUAAGUAAUGAAAAUGGCUGGUGUGUUUUAGAAAUGCAUUGUUUAUCAUUUUGGGAGCAUGCAUACACUUUUCUUGUGUAAGCUGUACUCGUGUCUAGGACCAAAACUGUAUUUUUAAAAGUGUCUAAAUUGGGCAGAGAAGACUGUUGCUUUCACAGGCAGCAAUCAUGUGUUGAAGGGUGUGGGGUGUCUCUGAUAUAUAGUUAUACUGCAGGAAAAUGCAUCGCUGUAUGGUGCAGGCCGGAACCCCUGCCCCCUCCCAAAAAAUCCUCCUCAAAUCUUUCCUCUCUGCAGAUGUUUACUGUACACCAUCAGGGGCUUGCGGAGACCAGUUCCCAUUCCCAUGCCAUCUCCCAUUUACAUUUCUCCCCCCCCCCCCAGACACCUCAUCAUUCUAUAUUCGCUAGCUUGUUUUUGGGUGGUGCUGUUCCUCUUCUGAAACGUGACUGGCACUCGGCCACCCAAGUCCGCUGUUAGCUGGAAUGCUGUAAACUUAGACACAGGAAUGGGUACUGGGGGGAGAGCGAGUUGCAAGCUGAGCAGAGUUGUAGUCCGUAGCUUUUGUUCAGUGUUUUGCAUCAUUUUGCCCAAGGGCACAUUUGAAUCCCAAGCAAGCAGUGACAAAGUAGAUAUUUGGCUAAUUCAUGGCCAUGAAGGGGUGAAAAUAAGGGCGAAUAAACUUGGAUCAUAACAACAAAGAAAGAGGUCUCUGCCAUUUAUUUGAUCAUGUUGCAGCUUGGUAUGACCCGGGGCGGGGGGUGAGAGAAACUUAUUUUUGCACUCAGCAAUGCAAUAACUUGAAAACUGGGAGGGCGUGGGGAAACCCUCAUUGAUGUUUAUAGUAGAAUAGAGCCCAGGGCUUCAGAUCCCUGGGCGAUACCUCAUUUCUUCUUAAUGCUUUCUUACUUUAAACCAGAGCUGGGGAACCUUUGGGCCUGGGAGAUGCAUGUGGCCUCCCAGACCAUUAUUUCUGGCCCUCAGGACUCUCACCCUUCCCCAGCUCUGCUUUGCACCCUCCUCUGUUGUUUUACACCUGACAGAAAUCUGUCCUUGACCUGUGAUCAUGCCUCUUGCAGCUGUUUUUGAAACAGGAGCCAUCAAUGAGACCUCAGCUGGUAACCUGGUCGCUGCAUUGUGAACCCGUCGAAGUUUCCAAAUUGCCUUCAAGGGCAGCUCCAUGCAGAGUGACUUGCAGUAGGUCAAUGUGAGAUGCUGGGCAUUGCAUCUUUCACCUUCUGCAUGCAGAGAUGCUCUGCCACUGAGCUAUAGCCUUGUCCAUAUAUGAACAAAGGAAGCCAGGUGCCUUAUACCAAACCAGGUCCUUUCUCCAUGGCACCACACUGGCAUCGCAAUAUGCAGCGACAUCGCCUGUCUACGUAUUUGACCUUCUACCUUUGAGGAUGGGGGAGAAGGAAAAGAGGUGCACAGAGAGAGAGAACACACACACAGAGAGAACACUGAACUCCACAUUGUAACUUCUCUUCUCCCUUUCUUGUACAUGCCCCAGGUUUGCACCUCUUCUAAAACCACCUCUUCAUGUUUCCACCAUGUUACCAGUUCUGACUUUAUGUUGAAUCCUGGCUCCCCUCCUUUUCUUUUUCAGACCUAAACCCAGGUGUUUGCGUGUUUAGUAAACGGAGUGUGCAGAGAUGAUUCAUAUUUUCUUGGCAAGCCCUUUCUCAAAUUAAGAAACCCAGACACCUAUUUUUGGCAUGGCUCAUCUCCCCACCCAAAGUGGGAACGCCCUACCAUGUCCGUUGUUCUUCAUAUUGGUUUUUGGAAUGGUGUUAUUUGAAUAGCUGCAGCUGGCCUGGGAGGGCCUCUGUAAACAUUGUAUGAUGUGCACAGCCAAUCCUUGCUGGCUAUUUUUCCUUUCUUUUCAUAAAGAGGAGCUGUUUUAGGAGGGGGCCAUUUGGAACUGGAAAAGUAGGUGAUGGCGGAGUGGGGGAAUAAUCACUGACUUAGCUGUCUUCGCAACAGGCACUCCAUCUCUAGGAAGUUCCAAAUGUAUGUUUGCUCUAUCAAAGGUGCUAAAAGCAACAACACUCAAAAUCAUUUUAAUUAUGAUUACUUCUCACUCCAAUUGCCAACCCUGCCUGCCCACCAAACUCUUUGUCAACUCACUUCCAUUUACACAUCACUCACCCCUUGCCUAUCCCCUAAUACCUCACUUCAAGCCCUCCCCCGACCACUUGCUGCAACCCCACCCCUUUUUAAAGAAGAGGGGCAAGAUUCAAAGAGCAGUUUGCCAUAUCACUCUUUGAAGUGUGUCCCCCUUUCUGUUAAAAUGCUCACCUGGGCCUCCUCCUACCCACACUGCUUGCUUGCUCACCUGCCUGCCACCUGUUGGCAGGCAGGUGAACUGCAGCAUGACAGUUGCCUUACAUUUAUAUGCAUAUAGGAGGAAUGAAGGUUCAUUGUGUUUUCAGUUUUGACAGUUAACCUCUCUUUAGCUCAUGAAGCUUCACUGGGCAUUUUCUGCAUACUUUCCCUGCAACUUUCAUAUUUGCAUCCAUGAGAACAUAAAAAUGCAAGCAUUAUUGAAGAUAACACACAAAAUUGCAUGUUAUUAUUCCAUUGCCUGUCAGAAAUGUGUAUAUUAGUCAAAACUGCAUGUUUACCAGGAGGAAUUCACACUAAAUGCUGGUGAAUUUAUAGAAGAUUAUUGAAAAGGAAAUUUGCAGAUUGCUGCAGUGGUGCAGAGAAUUUCACUUUAAGACUAGAAAUAGGAGAAACGAAAAUUGGCUAAUUCUUCCAUGAUGGUAAAGGCAAAAGGGAUUUGGCAGGUAUCUAUUGACAUCGACUUUUGAUGCCAACCCAACACACUAGUACCAGUAUGCUACAAAUCUAUCCUUUAUUUUUAGUACAGGAGGCAGGAAAGAAGAGAAAAUACUAAUCUAGGCUUGUGAUCUUUGCUACAUUAACAAAUAAAAUAACUUUUAUUUGUCUUUGCAAGCCUGUUCUCUCCCCGCUCCCAAGAGUAGAAAUACUUUUUUCUCCCCUUACUGGGGAUGCAGAUUGGGGUGGGAGGGAGGCAGUUAAAUGUGCUAAUUCCAGUUUGCACACAUUCCAUUCUUUUAAGGCAGAGCCCAUCCCUUCCUCUGCCUUAAAGUCUGGAAACUGGCCAGUCUCUGAGGGCUGGUAUGCCAGCCUCUUUCAGAUGAUAUAGCCAGUGGCUUGAAAUGGAGCCUGCUCCUUGCACUAGAAUAUUGUGUGUGGGUGCAUACACACAGAGAGAAACACACACAUACACUACACAUAUAAAUAUUUACAUAAAGGAUAUAGUUUGUUAGAUAAAUAAAUAAAUGCAUAUUAAAGCAAAAUAAUCAGAAAUGUUAGGGUUGCCAUACGUCUGGGAAUUUCCAGACAUGUCCUAUUUUGGGGGUCCUUCAUGCACAUCUGGGGGGAAUUUUACAUUUUAAACAAAUGUCUAGGAUUUUGGUUGUGUGUGUGUGUGCACCAGCAGCUCUGGUUCAGGCUCUGGCACGGGCGCAAUUGCCCUAAAAAAGCUCAACAACUUUUUGUGUCCCUAUUUUUUACCCCUUGAAAUAUGGCAACCCUAAGAAAUGUAUAAGACCCAAAACAUGUUAAGCAGUCCACUCUUAUGGGUCAGGGGAAGCCUGGAUGAAAAGAUAAAUCAUCACAAGAUGUCUAAGCAGCUGGUGGUUGUCAUUUUAUGUAUAUAACAGAGGGGAGGGCAUUCCACAGAAGAGGGGCAACAGCAGAAAACACCCAUUUUCUGUGAUAUUCUGUAGGGUGUGGUGUGACAAGUAGAAUUCUCUGUGAAGAUGAACUGAUGGUUGAUCAUUUUUUUGGAACUGUAGCUCUGUGAGGGGAAUAGGGGUCCCCUAACAACUCUCAGCACCCUCAACAAACUACGGCUUCCAUAAUCCUUUGGGGGAAGCCAUGGCUGAUUAGAGUGGCGUCAUAGUGCUUUAAAUGUAUGCUGUGAAUGUGGCCCAACAAUGUCAGGGAGAGGAGAGCAGCACAUGCCCUUUGAAUGUUGCCCUGCAUUUCUUACAGAAUGGAGAUGGUACCAUAGACUUCAGAGAGUACGUUAUUGGUUUGUCCGUGGUUUGCAACCCUGCCAACACAGAACAGACCAUUCAAAUGGCAUUUCAGGUAAGUCCUCAAGCUUAGCAUCUUAACUCCAAAAAGAGUUCCGCUAUACAUAUAAACUUUCAAAAUCCAUUGGGGGGGGCUCUAACAAAGUACUGCUCAGAGUAGGCCCAUUGAAAUCAAUGGACUUAGUAGAGUAGCCAUGGCCAUUAUUGUCAAUAGGUUUAAUAUUUUUAAAAAGAUAGUGAAAUAUACUCGGAGUCGAGAGUGGAUUUCAAGCUCUUUAUUCAGCUGCAUUCUGAAUCCUGUUGUUCUAGGACCAAUCAGACUGCUGCCUUUUGGAUCCUAUUCAACUCAGUAUAUAACAGAUAGAUUGCUGCAAACUAAGGUGGGGGGAGUUUUUAAAAUCUAAAUUAUUGCACAGAAGCUGCAGCGUGUAGAUACAGCCAGAGUUUCCUGAUGAAAUAGAAAAUGCCUAAUGCCUCCAUAUGGCAUUGUUUUCCUUUAAUUUAUUUUGUAAAAUAUUUAUCUUAUUGAUUAAAUGAUUAAUUUCAAGAAAGCUCAUGCAUUAAAUGAAUUAGCAAAUGCUUAUAUUUAUCUAGUCUGUUGAUCUAGUCUCUUUAUCUAAACUGCAGCCUUAUCAAGAGUGCCCAUCUCACAUUACUUUACACAGUGAUGUAUGGUUUGCUCAAAUUCCUAACCCUCCCUUGAUGUGCCAUGCCACCACCCUCCAUCUGUUGAGGGUUCCUCUGUAAUUCCCUUGACUUAUUUAACUGUAAAGCCCUUUUGGCUGUUCCCAAUGUAACAACAGUUCCCAUUGCGAAACAUCAACACGUGCCUCUUUUCUCCAGCUCUUUGACGUCGAUGAAGAUGGCAUCAUAAACGAAGACGAAUUUAGCUUAAUUAUGCGUUCAGCGCUUGGGCUUCCUAGCCUCGACGUUUCUAAUCUGUUCAAGGAAAUAGAUGCUGACAACUCUAAAAAGCUCUCCUAUGGUAAGUGUCGCCAAGCCAAAAGUGUCAUUGCUUCCUUGGGAAUUGUUGUCUGGACCUGAGGAUGCCAAGUUGACUGGGUGAAUCCUUAGGUUUUGCCUACAGUCCCAGUAUUUCUGUUCAGAAACCAAUGAUCGCUCAACAAGGUGGACCUCCUUUUACAUCUGUAGUGUAACUGCAGCCCUCUAAGCAUUUAUUGUUGUAAGUAUGGUGCCCCCUAAAAGUUGUAAUUAACUAUCAUUUUCGGAUAUCACGGUUCCAGCGCUUCCAGUCUGUUGCUCUUUUCAGGUGGGAUUCAAGUUGUACAUUUAGAGUGGUUUUGGUGGUAUUGAGCAACCAACUCCCUUUCGCAAAAGAUUCAACUUUUUGUGACAUGGAAAGUGGUGGGGAAAUGGCUCUGGAAAGUGUGGGGGCAACACCCGCAACGUCAUCUAACCUCCCUGCAAGCAAAUGAGAAUGAAGGCUCUUUAAAGAGCCAGUGGCGUCUAAUCUCCUUGCAAACAACUCAGAUUGAAUGUGCAGUAAAUGGUCUAUCUAGACCAGCGGUUCUCAACCUGUGGGUCCCCAGAUGUUGUUGGACUACAACUCCCAUCAUCCCUGAGCUCUGGCCGUGCUAGCUAGGGGUGAUGGGAGUUGUAGUUCAACAACAUCUGAGGACCCACAGAUACAGAAAGGCUGAUCUAGACGUACCCUUAAUCAUAGUUUAGUGCAGAGGGGAGGAACCUCCAGGCCAAAUUGGGGUUCUCAGAGGUAUUUAUUUGCCCUGCGAGGCUGCUUUUCCCCCAGCCAAGCCUAGCUGCCCCACAUCUGAUGUCAUGGGGAGUCAGGUGUCGGGGAGGUAAAACUGCGGCCGAAAAAGAACAAUUGGAAGACUUAAAGUGCAAUCUCAAUUGUUCCUUAACAAGUAGAGCUUGCAAUUAGCAGCUUUUGAAUUUAGUGCCAAAAGGAAGGCCCAGUCACUCAGAUGGGUUUCACUCAGAAGCUCCUAACUGGAGCACCUGAACGGAGCCAGUUUACCCUGACAUGGAAACAUGGACAGUAGACUUUUGUCUGAACCUAACACUGUGGUUUAAUAUUAACUGUGGUUUGUUUAAACAAUCCAAUUUCCCAGUACAUGUUUUGCAGUUGGCUAGUCUCAGUCAAACCACGGGCUAUCAGUCCAGACGACAUGAUGAGGUGCACCUCAGCAAAAGCAGAAGCUCAUGCUAAAGCUAUGGUUUAACGCAAUGCCCAAACUCCCCCAGUGUUAGAAAUAACUUCUUGUGCUUCUUGAUUUUCAGAAGAGUUCAAGGAUUUUGCUCUUAAACAUCCCGAAUACGCCAAACUGUUCACAACAUACCUCGAGCUACAACGUUGCCAAAUAUUUCCAGAGACAGAAUUUACUUGCAGCACGCCAACUGUGAAAACCCCAGUUUCAGAGAUUGCGUCGGUGCCAAGGAAUAAAGUUUGUCCUCAGGCCAGUGAUGAUGACCAUUCCAUUGUCAGUGUCUCUGAUAAAAAAGAAGACUGAAUCUAAAAGGCCGAAUAUAUUUGUGUAUGUGUUGAUGUUUUGUAUUUUAUUUUUAAUAUAAAGAACAUAUGGAUUUUCUUCUUUUUUAAAAAAAAAAUGCCGUUUUUAAAUUUUUAUCAGAGAAGGCAAAGAUAAAAAAAAUUAAUUGCUUAAAAAAUUAUCCAAAUAGUUUUAAUGAGUCAAUUAUUCUAUUUAUUAUUUUUAUUUUUAUCUCUUGGGCUGCAUUAAUUGCACCCCUGUUUCAUUGGGCUGCUUGCACUGAGGCAAAAUGCAAUACAAUGGUUACUCUCUUGGAAAGAAUGCCAUUGAUUCCCCACUCCCACCCCGCCUUUGUGGCAAAUGUUUCCAAACAAUUAAUAACUACAGUGGUACCUUGGGUUACAUACGCUUCAGGUUACAUACGUGUCAGGUUACAGACCCCACUAACCCAGAAAUAGUACCUUGGGUUAAGUACUUUGCUUCAGGAUGAGAACAGAAAUCAUGCUCCAGCGGCACGGUGGCAGCGGCAGGCCCCAUUAGCUAAAGUGGUGCUUCAGGUUAAGAACAGUUUCCGGUUAAAAAUGAACCUCUGGAACGAAAUAAGUACUUAACCCGAGGCACCACUCGGGUUAAGUAGCAAACAGGUUGCUCUAAGCUAACUUGGCCUUUUGGAGCAGAAGUGGAAAUGUAAGAUCAUAAAUUAAUAGGGUUGGACCUUGCAUUUGGGGUGACCUAUGUAUCAGAAUGAAGACUAUGCUAUCUCCUUUUUUUAUAGUUGUCCUUGUCUGCCCCUUCAUUCUACCCCAGAGUCUAUGCCUUCCUCCACCUUCCUCUUCCCUUCUCUGAAUUAGUAUCUGAUUUCAGUUCUGUGUACUGAUUGGUCUAUUAGAUGACCACCUUGAUUGACCCCCCCCCUUUCUUUGGAAAAAGGAAAGCACAUCAUGGCUGUAAUAUGGGAGAAAUCUGGUGGACUGUACUCUUUUAUCCCUCACUUAAGCAGGAAGAAGGUAAGAGAAGGUCCUUGCUUGGGAACCACCUCACUCCCAUGCCAAAACCAGCAGUGAGUCUUCCAAUUGGACACUUGAUGUGUUGACUGAUCAGAUGACACCUUCAACGUUCUGGGACAGCUGUACAAGGACUGUAUCAGUCCCCAAAAUAGUCAUAAUUUUGCUCCUCACUGUUAUUCCAUUUGUGGCCCUCUUGAGGGUCAUUUCCCAAUUGACUAUGUCUGCAUUGUACCUACUGAGAAACCAGACGUGCAUGUAUGGUAGCUCUUCUGAUAUCUUUCUUGGCCUGUGUCCUGGGGUUAACUUCAACUGGGGAGAUGGUAGAAGAGGAGGGUGUAUAGAUUGAGAAGAGAAAAUCCUCCAAACACUGAUACAGAUCUGUAACCCCAUCCUCAAGGAGCUGAAUUUGUCUUUAUUUAUUUAUUUAAUUCAGGAGAUCUAAUCACGACAUCAUACUAGCUGGUCUGAUAGUAUCAUCACAGGCUAUUUUACCAGCCAGCUAACUAUCUUUGAAGGUUCUUCAGCAGAGUACAUUUGUCUAUAGAAUAAAUGUGUGUGUGUUCAGAAAGGGGAAUGUGCUCACUCAGGGGAUUUUGGCCUUGUAACUAUACUGAAAAGCCAUUUUACAAUAUUUUUGCACUCUACAAAAUAUUGCCUAGUGUUGUCUAUCUUAACCUAACAAAUGCCUGUCUUGUCCUUAUCUGGCCACCUUGGUUGGAAGCGGUCUUCUGGAGUGGAAACUAUGUGACUAUUAUAGAAAAUAAAUUAAAAAUAAAAUAAUAUGGUUUAUUUGCACAUGAUGGUGCAUAUGGUUGGCUUUGUGCUUAAAAUAAGAGCUGGAUCUGCUGCUAUAGGCUUUCGUGUGUGACUGGUACUAGUUCAGUGUUUUAAAAAUUAGAGCUGUAGAUUCAGCAACUGUGUAACGAAUGUUUACUCCUUAGAUGCUCAGGAGAGAAAGUGGACUGAAGGUGUAUGGAUUGGUGCAAUUUCUGAAGCUAAUUAGGGCCUGGCUACUUUAUUUUAAAUCUGUGGAUGCUGCUCCAAGGUGGAAAAGAGGAGUAGAAAGGCAUCACAUACAAAAACUAAGUGGUCUAGAGUAGAGAUAAAGGAGAAAUUCAAUUCAAUGCACAUUAGAAAAUUUGAUCAAUUUUGCACUUUCCAAAACAAUAUCCAAACCAAAACACAGCUUUCCUUCAAAUGCCACUCUUACCUGAAUUUUGCAAUGCAGUUCUCCAACCAAUGUUUUUUUUUAAAAAAAUGCAUAUAUUUGGGGUAAGUGUGGAUAGAAAUGGACAUGCUGAAGAAAAUAACAUCCGAAAGUGCAUUUUACCAGGUGAAAGUGCUUGCAGAAAUGUAAAUAUUAGUAAAAGUUGCAUGCCAAAAAACAAAAAGCGUUUAUCAGGAGAAAUUAGCUCUAAAAGAGUGAUGAAUUUGCAUUAGGAUUUUUUUGAGUGAGUCGCGAAUUGCUGCGAAAUGUGGAGAACUGAAUUUAAGAUAGGAAAAACAAUAAACUUAGAAAAUUAAAACUGACAUAUCCUCCCAUCCCUACUCUAGAGUACGGCUUUUUGUAGACAGAAAAUGGUAUCCUUUUCAAAAGUUUGGGUCCAUGUUGUGCAGCAUCCAUUGAGUAAGACAUCCCCUUUGAAUUUAAACAUAGUGGCUGGUGCUUAUUGGGGCUGGUAGGGUGUAAGGCAGGAGCCCAACAGUAGGUGGCGCCAGAGCCAAUGACAACCUAGAGCCAGAUAAGUCUAGUGUUGUUUCCAUCCACCUCCCUGAUGGCCUACAAGAGGCAACACUGAGACUAAGGAGGAGGAAGCUGGUGGUCAGUGCCACCCUCUGGACUAACUGCAAGAAGGCAGGCAGGUGGGGGCUGGCUGAGGGCACACUGUGGCUGGUACGGCGGCAGUGACCUAAUGGACCAGCUUCCAGGGUUAAUCUUGUGUUGGACUGUAGUCCAAUGCUAAGUGCAAGGAAAUAGGGCUGAUAGCCACAUGUGUGCAAAGCAAGCAAGAAUUCAGUGAAGGAGGAAAUGUACUUUUACUAGAGUUAUGUCUAUAAUUGCAGAAGUGAAGCUACUUACAUUUCUGGAAUUGCACAUGAGUUUAAAGAAGCUCUGUUGGGAGAAGGUGGGUGGGAAAACAUAGGGGUUCAUUUGAACAGAACUCUUGCAGAGAAUAUCUGAGUUUCUGGGUCCUAAACAACAAAUAUCAGGGGAAAACAGUAAAAUGCCAUCUAUACAGUAAAAUCUAUACAAUCUAAACAGUAAAAUGCAAUCGAUAAGCCAUAGGUAGGAUAUUGCCUUUCAAAUUAACAAAUAAGGUUGCUAUAUUGUUUCCAUGUGCUUUAUGGUUUCCUGUUUAUGUAUGGUGUUUCCUCUUCAAAGUUUGUGGGUUUUAUGUGCUUUUUAAAUAAACAUCUAAAUGAUGCAGUGUCUCCAUAGAUGAAAAA